AUGGCGCAUCCCAUGUCCCUCCGCGAUCGACAGGUCGCGUCAAUCCAGAAGUUACUUAACUUGAACCACGAUCCGAAGCCUGCAGAUGAUGUCGCCCAUGAAUCAAUCACACAUAGUGGCAUUGUUCCUCAAAGCACUCCCAUCUUGAACGAGGACGGCGAUCCAAUCUGGAAAGUCUUGGUAUUUGACAGCAUGGGAAGAGACGUCAUCAGUAGUGUUUUACGUGUGAAUGAUCUCCGAACGUGGGGUGUGACAAUCCAUCUGAACAUACACUCUCAACGAUACCCUAUCCCUGAUGUCCCAGUUGUCUACCUCGUUGAACCCAACGAGUCCAACAUCCAAGCUAUCACACGCGAUCUCGCACAGGGUCUUUACUCGCCGGCUUAUGUGAACUUUCUUUCCUCCGUCCCUCGUCCACUUCUGGAGGACUUUGCGUCACAAAUAGCUUCCUCCGGAGCAUCAGAGCACAUCGCCCAAGUCUAUGACCAAUACCUGAAUUUCAUUGUCGCUGAACCUGAUCUGUUCAGCCUUGGCCUCGGAAACGAUGCGUACUACAAGAUUAACAGCGGGAAGACCAGUGAUGACGAUCUGGAUGCAAUCGUUGACAAAGUUGUCAGUGGCUUAUUUAGCGUAAGCGUAACAAUGGGCACGAUUCCGAUUAUUCGUUGCCCGAAAGGGGGUGCAGCGGAAUUGAUUGCCACAAAAUUGGACCGAAAGCUCCGCGACCACAUCCUCAACUCAAAAGACAAUCUUUUCUCAGGGAACCAGCGAGCACUCCCGGGGGUUCCAUCUUCCCGGCCCGUUCUCAUUAUCAUGGACCGCAAUGUUGACCUAGUGCCUAUGCUCUCGCACUCGUGGACCUACCAAUCUCUUGUGCAGGAUGUGCUCCAGAUGCGACUAAAUCGCAUCACCCUGGAGGCGGAUGAGCAGGCGCCCGGUAAAGCCGCCAAAAAGUCUUACGACUUGAAUAGCAACGAUUUCUUCUGGCAACGCAAUGCCGGAGUCCCAUUCCCGCAGGUUGCUGAGGAUAUCGACGCCGAAUUGACUCGGUACAAAGAAGAUGCAAACGAGAUCACAAAGAAGACGGGAGCCUCCUCCAUCGAGGACCUCCAGAACGAUACGAGCGCAUCUGCGCAACACUUGAAGGCGGCUAUUACCCUUCUCCCCGAGCUACGGGAGCGAAAGGCGGUCCUGGAUAUGCAUAUGAACAUUGCGACAGCCUUACUCAAAGGCAUCAAGGACCGGCAACUGGACAAUUUCUUCGAGUUAGAAGAGAACAUCACGAAACAGUCCAAAUCACAGCUGCUCGAUCUGAUCAACGACAGCGCCAAGGGCAGCAACCCCUCGGACAAACUGCGCAUAUUCUUGAUCUGGUUCUUGAGCACGGAGACCGAGCUGAGUCGGGCGGAGAUGAGUCAAUUUGAGGAGGCCUUGUCCAAAGCCGGAGUUGAAGACGUCUCACCUCUUUCGUAUGUUCGACAAGUGCGUGAAAUCACUCGAAUGACCAUGAUGACCACCGCCGCCCCUGAACAACAAUCGUCGGAUCUGUUUCGCGGAUUCUCCUCACUUUCCAAUCGUUUGACGGAUCGUAUCACCUCGGGUGCCUUGGGUGCCAACUUCGAUUCCCUCAUCUCUGGUGUGAAGAAUUUCUUGCCUGCGAAUAAGGACCUCACUGUGACAAAGAUUACCGAGUCUAUCAUGGAUCCCGCCACGGCAUCGAGCUCUGCCAUUGCUAAGACCGAGAAUUACCUCUACUUUGAUCCACGCAGUGCGAACGCACGUGGCGCCAUGCCUCCUGCGUCGGCCUCACGCAAUACACAGGUUCCCGGAGCCAUGGGCGGCCCUGCUCCCGGAAUCAACGCCACGUUUGGCCAACGCCGCCAGGCUUUUAACGAGGCUAUCGUGUUUACCGUUGGCGGUGGGAGUAUGGACGAAUAUGGGAACCUGCAGGACUGGGUUAAGCGAACAAGUGGCCAACCAGGUGCAGAUGGCGCCUCGGCUGCAAAUCGCAGUACUGGUCGCCGUCGGGUCGUCUAUGGCAGCACCGACUUGAUGAACGCGACCGAGUUCCUCAGGGACUCCUUGGCUCCCCUCGGUCGCGAGAGCUAG